AUGUCUGCUCUCCGUAACGUCGGCCGUGUCCACCAAAAGACAACCGCAUUCUUUCUUUGCGACAUCCAGGAAAAGUUCAGGACCCACAUCUUCCAGUACCCCUCCGUCGUCGCCACUGCCCAAAAGAUGAUUGCUGCCCACAAGGUGCUCGAUAUCCCAUUGAUUGUCACCGAGCAGAACCCAAGGGCAUUGGGCGGAACUGCCACUGAACUGGACUUGUCGCAGGCAAAGGUCAACUACCCCAAGACAAAGUUCUCCAUGUACAUCCCCGAGGUCGAGAAGGAGCUCAAGGGCAUCAAGUCCGUCGUCCUCUUUGGCAUCGAGUCCCAUGUGUGUGUGCUCCAGACGGCCCUGGAUCUGUUGGAGAACAACUACGAUGUCCAUGUGCUUGCUGAUGGUGUGUCAAGCAUGAACAGCUUUGAGAUUGAGCACGCCUUGAACCGCGUCAAGUCUGCAGGUGGUUAUGUCACAACGAGCGAGUCGAUCCUCUUCCAGUUGCUCGGAGAUUCCAAGCACGAAAAGUUCAAGAUGAUCUCGAACCUUGUCAAGGAGACUAAGGAGGCGACUGCAGAAAACAAGUUGUUUUUCAAGAGCAACAUCUAA